AUGUUACCCGAGUUUGAAAGUUUGCCAGUUUAUAAAAGUGAAAAUCGCUCAGGGACUAAGGAGAGAAGUAAAUGUAAUGAGAAGAAUUUGUCAGCACAAAGCAUUGCGGCGAGGCAAAGGAGAAAGAAGAUAACUGAGAAGACACAGGAGCUUGGGAAGUUGAUUCCUGGAGGACAAAAGAUGAACACUGCUGAUAUGUUUCAAGCUGCGUAUAAGUAUAUUAACUUCUUGCAAACCCAAGUUGGUAUUCUUCAAGUCAUGGGUUCAUAUCAGAAAGCUUUGAGGAGGGAUAUAGCUGGUGCUGAUGAGGCACGAAGUAGUCCGAGUUCACGUAAAGUUCGGAGAAUGACCGCACCCCAAGGAGGCGUGAACAGCCUACCCUGA